AUACAAACAAAUGGGGCUGUGACACUUUGGUUGGGGGAUGUUUAAAGACUCUCUAGAAGUAAAAUUAAAAGAAAAGAUAUGACUUAUAAUCCAGAAUUAUUUAACUAUAACUGCCUGUAUUUAAUUAUUAAAGAAUGCACGUAAGUUUACAUGAUAAAAAAAUUUUAAAAUACGAAAUGCGCCUAAGAAAUAAUAUACGCACCUGAACUGCACUUUAACCAAAAUUUUAAUGAAAAUAAUUAAAUAAUUUAUUUAUUUGCAUCGUUUUAAAUUAACUUUCUAGGCACAAUAAAACUAUUACCAAUACCAAGUAAUGCGCAAACAAAAUUCCGCCGGGUUUUUAAUUUUUUUGGUUUUUUUUUGUUACUGCAGGCAGAAAGAACUCGUAAUGGCAAUGGCAGCAAAUGAAAUUUAUGUUUCAGUCAUCUUCCGCACUCUUUCACCCUCGUUUAGACCCAUUGUUUUAGGGAAAUGUUUCUGACACAGGUGCAGUAAUUCGGGAGGUGAACAUUUUAAGGGUUUAUAAAAGACAGAAGUGGAGAGAGGGAUUUUUUAUCUAAGGGUGGGGGGGGGUAGAGAUUUGUGAUGUUACAGUUGAGGGUGUUGGGGGGGGGGGUGUCUAACUUUUUUGUGACGGGGGGGUAGGGGGGGGAAAUCGGUUAAGUUUGCGUGACGUCAUUUAUGGAUUGGCCUCUACGAGAGUACAAGUAGCCUACUUGGCAGCUUUCCCACCAAGUUCAAGGCAAAUAUGUUAGUAUUGUUAGCAGUACUAGUAAACAAAAAGUGCAGAAAGUACAUCUCAGUCUCAUAGUCAUAGUUGACAUGAUACGGAUAGGAAUGCGUGCACUUAAUACUGCUACUAUACAAAUUUUAAUAAUACAAUGACUUUGUGAUGCUCAAAAACACUUAACAAACAGCAAUGUUAGUGGUGACGAUUGGGACUACCGUGCACACCUACUAAGGAAGGUGUUACUGUUUUAAGUGAGUUUAGUGAGUGUUUGUUCGGCUCGGUGAGUUUUUGCCUUAACAAUUAAAAUAAAAUUAAAAAGAUGGACCUGUCAGUCAAAAUCAUUUUAUUUUCAUUCACCCCAUUUGACCAUUUGCCUUUUAUAAUUAAAAUUUAAAAUAUUAAGUAGUUUUCUUGUGGAUUCAAAUUUUCGCUGAAUGCAAAGAAGAGAUGCAUAUAGGAGCCAAAAUGAUCAACAAAUUGAUCGUGGGCCCUUAAGAUAUAGAAGAAGAAGAAGAGAUGUCAUGCCCCAUGGCCGCCAUCUUGGUUGACACGACCCGUAAGAACAAAUAAAGUAGUGCAAAACACCUUCAGAUAAUGAUUAAAAAAGGGAGAGAAUGUGUUAAUUCAACUACUUACCGAAAGAAAGGUGAAUAGGAAAAUACGUAUCCUGAAAUUCGAUCGAAAUAAAUUUCGUAGACGAUACAUACACACUUUAUUUCAGGUUCCACCAAAAAGAAUAUCCAGAAAUGAAUCAAAUACAAUAAUAUACAUUCAUUGUCAAUUCCAUUUUCAAAUAUAAGGAAAAAUUAUAAUUAAUCAACCAAUAAAAUUUUAAUACAAAAUAUGCCAUCUGCAUAUGAAUACUAAUAAAUUAAAAAUAAUUCUCUAAAAAUAAACAAAGGGAAGUAACUCCUACACAGUAACUUAUAAUAAUCACGCAAAUGACGUCAUGGCAUCUCUUCUUUGUAAUUACCAAAUUUUCUAACAAUAAUAUUAGCCUAUUCAAAUUACUAUUACAAUAACUUAUUAAGUCACAGUGUUGAGUAACCUAUCAGUAUUGACAAUUGAGAUUUGACUUGAGUUGGCCUACACAUAUUCCAUUAUUCAUAAUCAUAUUGAACAUAAUAUAUAAAUAAUAAUUCUAAUCUUUUUAUAAUAGAGACAAAAUACUAGGGUAAUAAGGGGAGAGUGACACUUCCUGGACGUACAUGAUCAAUUAUUAUGCAUUCAAGUGCUGUUGAAUUUCUCAGCGCGCCUAUUUUCAACCUUGAUCGACCAGUAACACAUGCAAUAAUUCCAACAACCCAAGAGCCACACCAGCAACAACCACAAUGAUAUUUCAGAUAAAAGAAAUAAUAGUAAUAUGUUUUAUCAACCGCAACGUAAAUAUGUUGUGCAUUGGCAUCAUAGCCUCCAAGUUGAACUUGAAAUGAAUAGCGACACUCAGUUUUGGAAAAAGUUUAACAAUCAUAUUGUGUCCCAAUUUUCAAUGCUUUUAAAAAGCUUAAAAUUUAUUAACAUGCUUGCAUUUCACUUCGCAAAUUCAAUACAAUAUCAUCAUGAUGAUUUUCUGUUUGCUGAGCCCACAGUUUGCAAAAAAUGACCCGGUGCAUAUAAUAUAAUGCAGAUGGCAUUUCAAUGAGUAACCAACAGGUGAUACAGCAUGUUGGACUAAAGACAUGGGAAGUUAACAUUUACCACAGUUAUUGCUUUUUUGUAUUAGACAAUGUUCAGCAAGCCUGACUAGUCAAAGCAUGCUGUCAUUCGUGCUGUUAGACAGUGCCUUCAGAAUUUUCUUGGCUAAACAUUAUUUGCAAUAUAAACCAGGGGUUGCAGUCUGCCAGCCAUUUUACUGUGUAUUUUAUAUUAUUACAAGCCAUUAUUAGUCUGCAAGACAACUCAAUUUAUUUAGAAUUGUAGACAUAAAUAAUUAUGUCACUAAUUCUCGGCGACUAUAAUGCUGGUAGCCUUUUCUAAUGAAAAGUAUACUAUUUGAUAUUUGUGACCGGCAUUCGAAGGAGUGCCGGCCAUGCUACCAUGCACAUUCAAGUGUGCUUGAACAUAAAAAAUGCCCAGGAUGUAUAAUAUUCUAGCACCAAUGCAUUUUGCCAACUUCUUCAUUUCUCUCUAUUAUUUUUCCUUUCAAAGACUGCUAAUGUGGUGUACGUUCAUUCCAGAAUUGAGGGCAAACUGUACAAGACACUGUCAUAAAGAUUUUCAUGCAUGAAUUGCUCUAUGUGCAGUCUUAAUAAGUAGGUGUGAAAUGCAAAUUUUUCUGGGAAAAAAAAAAGCCUAUUAUAAGGUUUAAGAACAAACCAAUAUAUUCAACCUCAGAAAUUGCAGAGAAACUACCACUCCAGGGUCAGUGUAUUGAGCCAAUCUCUGAGAUGCAGACAGAAAACUAUGCCAUUGUCAAUGAUUGUCUCUUGAAAAUGACUUAAAAAUUUCUGCUAUCAAUAUCUUGUCUCAAACGCUUAUACAUUUUAAUCCAUUUUGUGCCACAUGUUUUUUAUUUUCCUUUUUAAAAUUCAACAUCUUUCAAAACCAUAUAAAGACUUCCCAGCAAAGAUUACAUUGCAUCUGAUUUAAAUGUCUUUGUUAUUUGCUCAAUUUUUGUGUGUUAAAACCACUGGUAUAGUCAUUCAUUAAAUAAUUAGGGUUUUGUUUUUCUUUUUAUUUGAUACACUCAAUUUAUGUGAAUAUUGUCAUUGGAAUAAGCCCAGUAUAUACUUUGAACUAAAUUAUAUCAAGUCCUAUUUGGCUGUAUUAAAUCAAUGCAAGAACACUCAUUUGAAAUUUUAACAAAACAAUUUAAAGCAACCUGCUGAACAGAUUUUUUUAUUAUUAAACAUUGAAAUGAAUAACUAAAAUUUACUAAUAGUUCUAUAAAUUAUUAUAGCCCAUGAUUUACAAUAAUAUUCAGUGUUUAGCAGCAGGAAUGUAAUAAGUAGAAAUAAUGUACUUGUAUAUCUUUCUUUUAUAAACUCUUACCACUGGUAUUACUUGUUGAAGAAUAAAUAUUACAAUGAAUAAAUAAUUGCUAAUAAGAUAAUAUUCUUUUAUUGAUCCAAAUAAUUGGGAAACAAAAGAAUUUUUAUAUCUUAUGGUCCUUAUGGUCCUAACUUUAAGAUAAAGAAUUCGCCCUGAUCGAGCUGAUCUUGGGUAUUUGUGAUGAAGGGUGGGAUGUAUCAACCAAACUUUUCUUAGUUUUACAGCAGCGUUUUUCUUCAAACAGUACAUCAAGUGCACGAUGUUGAGUAUGUGUGGAUAUUUCUAGAUUUCUUUAAUAGUUUAUUUAAUCAGUGUUAGAUAUCAGACGAUGAAUUCCCACACAAGCAGGUAGUACUGAAGUUUUGUGGGGUUCCAAUUAUUGAAAUGUAGAAUAAGUUUAUAAAUUGUUUAAGCCAAAAUUCUACAAUUUCUUAAUCUAGAAAAAUCUUUGGUUGACUUGUUAUACAGAAUUUUGCAGUGUUCAUGCUAUGCUAGCUUAUUAUUAAUGGUGACACCAAACUACUUAUAUGUCUCAAGUUGCUCUAGACUGGUUUUUUAAUUGUGAGAUCGGCAAUUGGGUGAUUCCCCCUCCAUAAAUUGACAAUGAUUUCUUUUAUUUUUUUUAGACAUUCAAGUGAAGAAAAUUUUCAUCGCACCAACUGACAAAGCUUGUAAUUGUGAUAAAGUUAUGGUAUGAGCUUCCCCUUCAGAUAUUAAGCCAAUGAUGUUGGUAUCAUUUGAAAAUUUAAUGAUUGCUUCUUUCAUGAUCUUUUCAUUGCUUAAUUCAUUUUAUUUUCAACAUAUUUAUUUUUUCUUUUCUGAAUGAUAAUUUUCAAUCUACAUUGCCUUUGUGCAAUCUUUAUAUUUAUAACUUUAUGGUAUUGUAAUUACUUUUUUUCUUUCAUUAAGCUUUAGGUUCUCAAAACUAUUAUGGGGAAACAAAAUAUAUCAGCCUUUGAGAUUUUGUUUAACAAUGGAAGUGGUGUUUUUUAUAGUGGUGAAAAUAUUCAAGGUUAUGUCAGCGUGGAAUUGACUGAGCCACUUAAAACAAGGGGUUUGUAAACAAUUUAAAAAUUAAAGUUAAAAAAAUCUCCAUUAAAUCCAUUUGAAAAAGAUGGUUUGUUCUUUUUAGGAAUUACAGGAUGGGCCAAUAAAAGGGAGAACAUAUAGUAAAAUCUAGGGCAACAUUUCAUUGACAGAAGCAUAAACGAGUGGCGUUGACGCUUGGAAAAUGUCGUUGAGAAGCAAGGAGGACACAUUGAACAUGAUUUCUGAUUGGCUAAAUAUUUUGCAAAAAAAAAUUCCAUGAAGAACUAUAAUUAAUUAAAUUAUAUUUUGAAAUAACUCAUAUGCUACUCACUUUUAUUGGCCCACCCUGUAUAAAAAUGAUGCGUUUGGUUUUACAGAAUUCCUUUGAAAUACUUUUCUUUUAAUCUUUAAACAUUUCUUUGAUUGAUGGUUUCACAUUAUAUUUUAAAUUUUAGAUAGUAAACUAUAGCUACAGAAUAGAUUCUAAACCAUUUAAGUUUUUUUUGGUAACUCCAUUUGUUUUGUAAAGGAAUAAAGGUAUCAUUUGAGGGUAAAGCGUAUGUAAGAUGGACUGAAAGUCAGAGUAGCGGCUCUGGUCAAAAUCGUCGCACAACUCAUUACACUUUUACUGAUGAAGAGAAAUACUUUGACCAGGACGCUCUGUUAUUUGGAAUAUGUAAGUAAACGGGUAUUUUAAACUUUGAUGAUGAGCGCUCAAUUAAGCAUAUUUCUAACAGCUGUUAUUUGGUAUGUGUUGUUUUAAUGAGCUUUUCAAUAAAACACAAUUUUUAUCAUUAAUUAUUUCUUCCCCUUCAUAAAAAUAAUUUUAAACCAUCAGUCUAAUAACUUUGUGCACAUCUCUGUUAUGCUCGAAUAAUUUGAUAGUAAAAGUAUUUACACCAUAUACUCAUGGACUUUUUAGUUUUAAAAUAUUUUUUAUUGUUAGCAAUGUUAUUUCCUUCCCUUUGUUAACUUUUAGGGCCAGGACAAGGCAGUGGCACCAGAGAACUACAUACUGGAAAGCACACAUUUCCUUUUGAGUUUCAGCUACCAAAAGGCCUUCCUUCUUCAUUUGAGGAACAAAUCGGCCAUGUUAGAUAUACUAUAAGAAGCACAAUUGAUGCACUUGAUCUAUUGAAGCAUGACUAUUUUGAUCUGAAGGCCAAGCAGGUCUUCUCAAUCAUCAGUAUAUUAGAUCUGAACCAGCAACCUAAUGUCAUGGUAAACAUUUUUAAACAGUUAUUGCUUCUAUUACUUCUAAGCAUUAAUGUUAUUUACUUAAGUUAUGUUAACAUAUUCAAGCUUGAGAUUUGAACAAAAUAAUCCAAACAUGAAUUUUCAGGAUUAUUUUCAUAAUAAUUAACAUUUGUCAGUAGUCAAAGUUAAAUAAAAUACUGAAAGUCAUUAAGUUAAGUAAAGUAGGACCCUACAGUUCAACACAGGCUAUAAAAGGAUUUAAGAGUUGAUUGAUAGAUUAAAAAGCCCCUCUGUGUACCAAAUGUUAGCUCAGUAGCAUUCUGUGAACAUAGAUAUGUUAUAAGCAUGUGAAUGACAUAACCAAACCAAACACAUACAUGCUUAUAUAUAUAUAUAUAUAUAUAUGUAUAUAAAGGGUGGGCCAAUAAAAGUGAGAACAUCUCGUAGUGUAAUAUUUUACGAGAUGUUCUCUCAUUUUUAUUGGCCCACCCUGUGUGUAUAUAUAUACACUAGCAUCACCCAAAUUAAGAUAAUAGUAAUAGUUUAGAAAGUUGUUACAAAGUAUUUGGAACACCCUUCUCUUUUAGCAAACAGCAGCCUGAGCCUUAUUAUUUAUGCCCCAUUAGUCAUACCAUUCCGCCAACUUCCAAUGCAUGCCUAAGUACGAUUCAGGUCUGGAUGGGAAUGGUGAUCCGUACUAAGCUUCCAAAGGUUUGGUGUGGAAAUAUUAACUAUCUUUUAACUCCUUCCACUUAAGGGGACACAUGGCUACAAGCAAUAGUGAGUUAAAUAGGUCUCUGCUACUCUGGGUUAUCAUCAUAUGUCCUUAGAUCUUUAGGCAACAGCAUUCCUCAUACUCAUUGUACUACAUUAUUGCAUUGCCUGAGAAUUACUUUCUUCUGAACCAGCACUACUCUAAUUUAAAGCUGAAACGGCAGCUUGUGCUAGGACACUUCACUGAGUAGGUAGUGUGUGUAUGUUUCUUCUUGUCAGACUACAGCCCAAUAAUCCCCACAUUUCUGACAUGUAGAUCCCUAAAAUAGAGCAAAUAUAACCUAUAAAAGCAAUAAAGCUUUUUGUCAGUUUUCAUCUUGUAUUCUCUAUAUAGGCACGACUUCAAGGAACAAAACAGAAACGCUUUUGCUGCCUUUGUUGUAAAUCAGCCCCAAUUGAGGCAAAUUUCCACAUUGAAAGAAGUGGUUAUGUUCCAGGAGAGGCAGUGAAGCUGCAUGCUGAAAUCAGCAACGGAUCAAGUAGGAGAAUUAAACAAUCAUACAUAGCUCUGGAAAUGGUGAUUAUUUUCUGCCAUAUUUUAAAAAAAUGUAAAUUGUCCACUUUACUAUCAUGAUCAGCUAAGAUGUGUCAGAAACCAAAGUGAUGAUAACAUGAUGAUCAUUACAAAAAUGUGAAAAUCUUGCUUCUACACUAUGGGUAUCAGUUUAACCAUACUAGUUCUAUGGUUUAGAAAUAAUGAUUUGUUAUUUAAUCUGUGUCUCACAUUUUACCCAUUCCAAUAUGAUCCAAUGAAUUAUUUACCUUUCUCUUCACAUAACUAUAUUUUUUUAAAAAUCCAUUUGGUACAGUAUGUCACACCUAUUUCAUGUGCAUCAUUUUAUAAAAUGUCCAAGCUAUAGCUGUAAAAUAAAUUGUAUCAGAGCACUUUUGCAAAAUGCAUCAUAAUGACAGUGAUAGUGUUUUAAGCUUUAUGUUACAAACCAUUUUAUGGUUUUUCAAAUUGAAUCUGUUUUACGAUUUGGCUCAUUUGUUGAACAUGUAUUGUUUCUUCUGGUUGUAUGGUACAACAAAUGAGUCAUUGUUAGGUUGUUUUUAAUUAGAUAGUUACAUAACUGUUUCAUGUUAUCUAAAGCAAAUUUUAAAAUAACUAAAGUUUUACUGUCCCUUUUUUAACCAGGGCUGCCUUUGCUGACAUGCAAAUGAAAAUGGGCAGAUCUCUGGCAUGACUUUACCACUGCUAUUGUGUUUGGGCUUGGGGUUACACUAUACAUUUAACCAUUUUUUUCCAAAAAACUUUAUCAGUAUUAUUUACAGUAUUCUAUAAUAUAAAAAAAAUGUUUUUGAAGAACUAAUAAUCUUUUUUUGGACGCAUUUGUGGUUAAUUUCUUAUUGCUUUUAAAUCUUCAAACAUAUUGUUUUUGCGGUGAAAAUAAAUUAUAAAAUUAUAUUAUUUAAAUGAUGAUUGAUGACAUUGUCAUAUCUUAUUUACUCUGUGAAGGUAACAACAUUUCACGUUAGGCAAAGGUCAAAGACCUGGAAAACUGAAGUGGCUCGGGUUACUAGACCAGGGAUUGUGGGUCAUGGCAACGACUUCUGGACAGGAGAACAGUUGAUAAUUCCACCAUUACCACCAUCUUUCCUUGAUGGUUGCAAACUAAUUGACAUACGUUAUAUUUUACAGGUAAGAACAACUAAAUAGACAUUAUAUUAUAUUUUUAUUCAGUGCAGAGGUUGGUAACCUUGUUUGGCAAGCCAUGGUGAGGUAAAUUAGAGAAAAAAAAUGGAAACAUAAUUUUUUUAACAUUUCAAUAAAUGACCUUUAGUGACAUAAAAUAAGGUACACCUUUAGUUACAGACUUUCUCUCUACUCUUAUAUCCAUCUUGUGGAGUGUUUUUUUUUUUGUUUGCACACCUGUCAUUUUAGUGUUCACCUAGUGACAUACGGAAAAGAAUACUGGGUAGACAGAGGCGGGUUGACACAGUCACUCAAAUUAUCAGGGUUGGCAGUGUCUGCUUUGUUUAGUAAAUUGAUGGGUGGGUGAGCUUAGAUCCACUUUUUAGUUUUAUGCCUAGGUAAAGAGUUAAGUCAAUUUACCCAGGAUUUUGUAAGCAUUUGAUGUUUAAAAAAGUUAAUAAUCCUUUAUCCAUAAUUUAAAGGUUAAAAUUUAAUAUUAAAAAACAGAAAUAAAAAUAGUAACAAAACUUUUUAAAAAUGGCUUUCGAUCAAAGACGAUUUAAAAUGUACUAAAAAGUAGAAAAUGAUAAAAAAUUUCUUUAAAUGCAUUACGCAAAGAAAGGCGGUGCAGAAAAUAUUUUCAAAAAUUAAUAAAAAUAAAACAUUCUUUAAUUUCAUCAACAUUCAAUUCAAAUCCAGAAGCUUCAUUAAGUGCUUAUCUACACUUCUGCACAGCAUACUGUAUGACAAGUUUCAAUAGUUUGGGAUCAUAUUUUAAGAAUGCCUGCAUCAUAUUAAAUGCUCAGCUUAGUGCUGAAAAAAUAUUAGAAUGUGCUGCUUAUCAAGCUCAACAAAAGUCCAGGUCCAUUUAUUAAAAAAAAGGGAGAGUAUUUUCUGUAGAAAUUUUUUACAAGAAACAAAGUAUGGUAUUUUUUAGUCUCAUUUAUUUUUAUAUAAAUGCUCUGUUAUAUUUCAAAACAUUUCCCGUGCACAGAUGUGGCUUUUUCAGGACACUAAAACAGCAUCACAUAAAUUAUCAUUUUAUUGAAACUGAUUACCACGUUAACUGAGAGCUCAUUUAUUUUUGUAAAUAUCUUCCUUUUAUAGUGAAUAGUGUUUUUGUGUCAUUACUGUGUGAUGCCUUUUCAGGAAUAAUAAGACGUUUAAUAAGGUAUUUUUAAGCUUUAUGUUCAAAAUUAUCAGUUUUAUGAUGAAUGUUUUAGACCUCCAUUUUCAUUUAAGGGCAAUAUGAUCUACAUUUAGAGUUCUUAACAUUUUAAAAAGGCCUGUAUUUCAUCAUAUCCUGAAUUUUAAGUUUUUAAAUCCUGAUUUUCCAUUUAAAAAGGUAAGCCUUGACAACAACUUUAUUUAUUUUUAUCCCUAGCUUUAUUUGGAACCAUCUGGACCUGCCACUGAUUUUAAGAUACCUUUAGAUAUUAUUAUUGGUACUGUACCUCUAAGAUCUGUAAUUGAUCAGCAUCCACCAAUGCUUCCAGUUGGUUACAAUAGUGGCAACAUGUAUGAAUGGGAGAGUAAUCCCACAGCUCCCCCUGGUGGAAAGUUAUAUCCCCUACCACCAAGUGGCCUGCCUAAUUUGCGUAAGUAGAUCCUUUUCCUCUUGUCUCUCCAUCUUUGCAAGCCUUUAUUUUCAAUAUAAUAUCUUUGCUCCUGUUUUUUUUUAGAAACACUUCAGUCAGGUUCUUUCUCUUUCUUUCCAAAAGACAAUUGGGAUGAUUAUCGAAUUUAUGGCUAGAAUUUUAUGUUUCAUAGUGAAUGUAAAUUUUGCACUGAAGGCAUUGUCCUGCUGAAUACUGCAAACUUGGGCACUCUUGACUGUAAUACCAAUUUUCAUAGCAAAUGCCUUUGUGGGUCCUUCUACUGGGCACAAAUCUAGCUAUUUUCACUGCUUUUCCCUUUCCUGAUGAAUUCUCUAAACCAGUAUUUCUCAAAGAGGUGGUCCUCAGCACUGCUUCUCAAAUUUUAUUUCAAAGUUAUCUUUCAAAAUUUACAAGCAGUAUAGAAAAUUUUCUGCAAGCCUAUUUUGUAUAGUUUCUUGUAUUACUUUUACACCAGAAAGGGACAGCAAAUAAUUAUUUUUGAAUGUUUUUUCUUACCCUGGAACAGUUCACCAAUAACUCUUUCGGUCGCUUUUGUGGAUGCUAGCUGUCCAGUAUGCCUUGCCAUUAUGCCAAUUCUAUGAACAAUAGUUCCUUUGGGAUGUGAUCAUUAUCUAGAACUAGUUAGAGUGGAGAACAUGCUGCACAUUCCAGAACUCUGUGUUAGGCACUUUGUCCUGUCGUCAAAUCCUCAGAAUGUGCCUCUGAGAUCUAAGGUGAAACCUAUUGAGCUUCCUCUUCUGUAAAUGUUUCAAGCGUGACAGCUGUUGGGGACCAUUUUAGGCCCUUAUGCCUGAUAUAUAUGCAGUUUGGUGCUUUCUAUGAAUUUAAGGUUGUUGUGCACUUGCUUGCUCAGUCUGGCUAUAGAUGGUAACUUAGUGAUCCUGCCUAUCACCUCUUUAUCAAUGGAUAUACCGGUAAUGAAAUUUGUCGGUCCAGACUUCUUGCAGGUUUGAGAGAAGCAACCUAGAAACUGCUUAGUCCAACAUUUGUUCAUAUAAAGUUGCCUCUAUGAAAUGUUAUCAUCUUCAAAUAUAAAGCAAUCACUAUUUUUGGGAAUAUCCUCAAAUAAAUAUGAAAGUAUAACUCUUGACAAUUUAUUUUGUUUACAUAUCCCAUCACACAGAGAUAACACCCCACCCCUACCCCCCCAACUCAAGAUAGUCACACUAAUGGACCCAUCUUCUUUGUUACAGCUCCACCCUCUUACAAUGAGUGCAUCACUGGACGCUACAACACCUGUGACACAGGAGAUGACGAGCAUACCAGAGGUAACAUGGAGUAUGCACCAGUUUACACAUUCUAUAACUGGGGCCAUGCACUUGGGCCCAUGCCAGUACAAUCCAAGAAAGUUGGUCAAUGAAAAGGACAAACAAAGAUACAGGAAUUUACAUUUACAGAUAACAUUUAUUGUAUCGCUGUG